CGAAACUUUCAUUUUCAAACGAAGAGUCCUCCCGGCCUGAGUGAGGCGCCCAUUUUGACAAAGCGCGAGCACGAAGGAGAAUAAAGUAGUAGAAGAAGAAAAAGAAGAAGAAGAAGAAGAGAAGGCGGAAGUCAGUCCGUGCUUUUCUUUCCUUUCUGCGUUAGUUUUUGUUCUCUAAAUUUUAAUUUCAACUCAAGACCGGCUGUCGCAGACUGUCUUUUGAAAACCAGCAAAAUGGGCCCUAACCUCACAUUUUCAGGCCUGCAAUAGCGCUGCGAUUUCGACCGGAUGACAUCGAACCCAAAGGUCCGUUGGGCGCCACUGCCGAGGACGGAGCUCCUCGUCUACUGGCUGCUAUCCUUUGGCUCCCAUUUCUACUCUUUUUAUGAACUUCACAGGUUCUCCAAAGAGCACGAAGCAGGAUUGGACAGACAAUUUCAACUGGAAACGGGCCUCGUUCAGGGGUUCAAAAGGGAUGCUUCGGACUUUGAGUGGAACUUCUGGACCGAGUGGGCUCACAAGUCUUUGCUGUGGACCCUGACUGGACACGCGCUCCUAUCCAGAUUUUGCUGCAUCUUUUACCCACAGUUUCGGGUCGCGGCGCUGACGGUUUACGGCCUCUUGGCCGCCGUCGGCGUUUUGGGCCUCAGAGGUGUCGGCGUGUUGCUCCUCCACGUGGUUUUGUCCUUCUCCGUGGCGCAGCUCAGGAGGUCCGCUCUGUGCUGGGCCUGCAACCUCCUGCUUCUCUGCACACUUCACGUCCCACCGCUCCAGGACAUCCAGAGAGGCUGGUACGAGCGCGACGAGGAGUACUACCUGCUGCUCUUCAGCGUGGCAGUGGGCACGCUUCGGCUCCUCAGCUUCAGCCUGGAGCGAUGCGGGCGCCCCGCAGUCCACGCGGGGACUUUCCCGCAGCUGUGCUGGCUGUUGUCGUACACGUUCUACCAUCCCUUCUUCUACAACGGCCCCGUCAUCACGUAUAACGACUUCGUGGAGCAGAUGCAGACGCCCGUGGAAGAGGGCGAGCGGCACAAACCGGGCGCUCGCUACCUGUUGCUCCGGUCGGCUCGGAUCCUGAUGUGGUGGUGCAUGGCAGAAUUCAUGAUCCACGUCACGUACAUGCACGCCAUCCAGUCCAACGAGACCUACCUGGAGAUUCUGCCCGCGUGGGCCUUGGGUGGCCUGGCCCUGGCCCUGGUGCAGUUCUUCUUCGUCAAGUAUCUGGUCCUGUUCGGCCUCCCGUCCACGUUGGCCACGUUGGACCGGCUGGAUCCGCCCGGCCUGCCUCGCUGCGUCAGCAUCAUGUACAGCUUCACCGGCAUGUGGCGGCAUUUUGACAAGGGCCUCUAUCGAUGGCUGCUCAGAUACAUCUACGUGCCCCUGGGAGGUUCGCAUCGCGGAGUGCCGCGCAAAAUGUUUUCCACGGCGCUGGCGUUCGGCUUCGUCUGCCUCUGGCACGGCGGCCAUGACUACCUUCGGUGCUGGGCCCUGAUGAAUUGGCUGGGCGUGCUGGUGGAAACCGGGCUCAAGGCUCUCCUGGACUCUGCGCUCCUUCGCUCCUUUUUUGAGCGGCAUUCCUCCGCGGCAGCGAGAAGGCGCCUCGCCGCGCUGCUCUCCGCCUUCUCCACGGCCGCGCUCAUCCUCUCUAAUCUGAUCUUCCUCGGGGGGAUUCACGUCGGGAGGAUCUUCUGGAGGCGCGUCUUCCUUCAAGGCUGGUCCACGGCGGCGCCGCCCAUGCUGGCCUUCCUCUACUGCUUCGCUCAGGUGGGACUGGAGUGGGCCCCUCAGCCCCCGUGAGUCACCUUCGCCCUGCAACGCGGCAAAGGAAAGAAAGAGCCAAAAGCCGAGCGCCGCAACCGCUCUCGGGAUCUGGACCGCCGCCAACGGAACCUGCGCGGGAUGCUGGCCGAACUCAAGCGCUGAGCGCUGACUCGUAGAGUGAGUGAGUGGGGGGGGGGGGGGCAAGUACUUGGAAUAGAAAAUUGGAAAAAAAAUGAGCUAUGAAACAAAAACCAUCUGAAGUCAUUUGCGACUGAGCUCCAUGCCCAGGACUCGCAAAUAGGCCGAGUUGACUGAAAAUCCAAAUCUGGCGCCCUUGACAAGAUUUUCCAAUUUUUUUCGUAAAUGCGCCACAUUUUCCACAAUCGUAGAGGUCUUCAAUUGUUUUCUAAAUAGACGCCGACGCUGUCACAUUGAAACUACAAUCGUCACACAACAGCAGAAAACAGAGCAGCAUAACUCGCAAAUAAAAGAUGACUCGAGACAAAACAUGCGCGAUUUCGGCUUCCAGAUGUGAAAUGCAAUUGGGCCUCGCUGCCUCUUGGGCGCCACCAUGUGGUAGCCUACGUACGUGCUAAAACGUGUGCUAACAAAGUCGCCCGUGUCUUCAAGUGUACGUCAUUGGACGAGUCGCACGUGAGGUCGGCUUGCAAAAAUAUGGCGGAUUUUUGUUACUGGCGGGGCCGUAAGGAAGGGAACCCCGGCGAAUAACGGCUGUAUAAAAGCAGAGAAGGGCUGCUGGUGUGACGGUCUGAGCGCUCCCCCUGUGCUGAAAAGUCUCCUUGUGAUGAAUGCGCAGGCGUUACUAACGGGGGGAACUCUGGGUACGCAGCCGACGCUUACUGGGAAAUCCCCCGGUCUCGUAGUUCCCCUUCUUCUACAUAGAGGGAGCUAACAUACGUUAUACCCUAACCUUAAAACAAAAGUUGAUUUAAAAAAAAAAAAAAAAAAAAAAAGCUAUAUACACAUAUAUGUACGUUAGGAAUGGCACAUGUUGAAGAAGCACGGAUGGGGAUGUUUCAGACUGGCAGGAAGUUUACAAAAUAUACGCGCAUGCGCAUUCAUAUUUCACGCUUUUCAGCACCCGGAAGCGCUCAGACCGUCACUCCGGUCUUUGGCCUCCACGUCAAAUUUGGCUGAGGCUAAAGUCACGAGACGAACUGCUGAAGAGUCUCAGCCGGGCGGCCGCCGGGCACUUUUUUUUUUUUUUUAAACGGACGCCAUUCACCUUCUGAAAUGCAAACACAGGAAGUCACAGUUUUCCAUCCAACGUCAGCCAUUUUGCUAUUGUGGCGAUCGGCCGGCAACCAGUUGAGGGCGCGCCCCCUGCCUCCUGCCCGAUGACCGCUGGGAUCGCCUCCCUCCGGCGGUCCCGCGACCCUCGUGAGGAUAAGCGGCUCAGAAAGUGGAUGGACGGUGUUUGUCAGUGUGUAAAAUAAUCUACCUCCGUGAUUGCGCUGCGGCUGUCCGCUCAAAUCCCAAUAAAGCAGUUUUGGGUCUCA